AUGGUUCCCAUAUACAAAAGAGAUAUCUUCAAAGAAGUUAUAGAUAGUAUUGCAGCAAAACAAUCAUGUAUUAUUCAUGGACCAUACCAAAGUGGAAAGACCUCCUUAUUGUUAGAAAUAAGAUCAUUACUCGUGGAUGAAAGAAAAAAUUUUGUGUAUUUUGAUAUGACAACAGUGACCAGGAUAACAAUACCAACAGAAUCAAGAAAAUCACAAGAUUUACAAAAUGAAUUUUUCAAAAUCAUAUCAUAUUACUUUUUUAAAGAAACCCUUACUGAUGUAGAAACCAUGACACGUAUCUUAGACCUAGAAGAUCCUUUGUAUGUCCUCAUUGAUGAAUUUCAAUUUAUUUUUACAAACAAGAAGCUCCUUAAUGUAGCUAAAGAUUUCUUCCGAUCAAUCUCAAUCUCUGAGAAUCUAAUUUAUAUUGGUGUAGGUACCUCUAAGCUCAUGGAUUUGAUGGAUGAUGAUGGAAAAGGUGAUGAAGAAUGUAGUGAGGACCUCAAUCCACCUUUUAACAAGGCUAAAUUCAUUAAAAUGGAACCAUUCAAUGUUGAAGAGAUGGGUAUGCUUUUUUCUUCAUAUGAAAAAAGGUUCAGCCCAGAAGGUGUUCCUAUCUAUUUGCAGAAUAAGAUUAUACAAGAAUCUUGUGGUCACCCAGUUUCUUUCAUGAUCUUGUUAAAGCUCUUUAAUAAUUUUAGUUCAGACUCUGAAAUUAGCUGGAACUAUAUGUUGGAAAAUAAUCUUAGUGAGUACAUGAAUGGGACACAUAUCAAACUGAAGAAAAUGUUAAACAAUAUGAGUGAUACUGAAAAGGCAAUUAUUCGUGAUCUUACAAAGAAUAUGGGAGAUAAAUGGUGCAUAAAUUCCAAUAUACCCAAACACUUUAUCAGAAGAUUAAUAAACAUUGGCAUUCUCUUUCUUUUUGGUGAUAAUUAUUUUGUUGGUUUUACAAGCUAUCUUAUCCUGCGUAUUUGUAUCAACACAGUCUUUCCUAAACCACUACAACCUUUACCAAUAAACAAAGUACCAACCGAUCCUAUUAAGUUGCUAGAACUUGGAUUACAACACAUUGAUCCUUGUACAAUCAUUGAUGAUAGAGUUAAAAAUGUAGAUGGUUCAGCAGAAAGAUCUUUACAGGCAGCACUUUAUUGUGUCUUUAAUGGCUUACUUCCCAGGCCAAUGUUAUGUUUGCUAGAGGUAAAGUGCAGUGGUCAUGAACAACUUGAUUUAAUGAUAGUUAAAGGUAAUGAGAAUUUGGUUGCUUACUCACUCAAAGUCAAUAACAUCACAUCAAAUGAUUUCAAUAAAGCAAUAUGGCAGGCUGUAAGAUAUGUUGAUCAUUAUAAAAUGGAUGUAUAUCUUGUCAAUUUCUACCUAGAUGGUCAUAGAGAACCAGAUGUGCCCAUUAAUACUCCAGAACAUAUCAUUUUAGUUCAUGUCAAACAUAAUGCUGAAUGCACACAAUUCAAAAUUCAUAUACCAUCUGAUAAUUAUUGGAAGAUAAUUAAU